UAUCUCCCCUUCACACCAAAAUUCUCCCAGGCAUCAUGUUCGGUGUUGCGCGUUCUGUUCGCAUUGCUGCUUCCCGUAGCGGCAACUAUGCCGGUCUUCCUCGCUCGAUGAUUGCGAGGAACAUGAACACCAAGGUCAAUGGCCCGGUUGUUGGUAUCGACCUGGGUACAACCAACUCAUGUGUCUCCAUUAUGGAGGGUCAAACAUCGCGUGUGAUAGAGAACGCUGAGGGUGCGCGCACGACACCCUCGGUUGUCGCUUUCACCAAGCACGGCGAGCGUCUUGUCGGUCUUCCCGCUAAGCGUCAGGCCGUCGUGAAUUCUUCGAACACCGUCUUCGGCUUCAAGCGUUUGAUUGGUCGCAAGUUCUCGGAUAAGGAGGUUCAGGAUGACGCGAAACACUGGCCGUUCAAGGUCGUCCCGAAAUCAGAUGGGCGGCCAGCCGUUGAGGUUGAUAACGGUGGCAAGAAGCAGACCUUCUCUCCUGAGGAGUUAUCGUCGAUGGUUCUGGUCAAGAUGAAGGAGACUGCUGAGCAGUACCUCAACAAGAAAAUCAAUCAUGCUGUCGUCACCGUCCCAGCAUACUUCAAUGACGCCCAGCGUCAAGCCACCAAGGACGCCGGUCAGAUUGCCGGACUCGACGUCCUCCGUGUCAUUAACGAGCCCACUGCUGCCGCUCUUGCGUACGGUCUGGAUCGUGCGGACAACUCCGUCAUCGCCGUUUACGACCUUGGUGGUGGUACCUUUGAUAUCUCCAUUCUCGAGAUGCAGAAAGGCGUUUUCGAGGUUAAGUCUACCAAUGGUGAUACUCACCUUGGUGGCGAGGACUUCGAUAUCGCGCUCAUCGAGCACAUCUUGAAGGAGUUCCGGAAGGAGUCUGGCAUAGAUCUCAGCAAGGAGCCGAUGGCCAUCCAGCGUGUCCGCGAGGCUGCUGAGAAGGCCAAGAUCGAGCUGUCAUCGACCCAACAGACUGAGAUUAACCUUCCCUUCAUCGCCGCGGACGCUUCUGGGCCGAAACACAUCAACCUCAAGAUCCUCCGCUCGCAGUUCGAGGGUCUCGUCUCGAGCCUCAUUCAACGCACCAUCGACCCGUGCAAGAAAGCGCUCACAGACGCUGGCGUCAAGGCCAGCGAGAUCAACGAGGUCAUUCUCGUCGGCGGUAUGACCCGUAUGCCUCGUGUCGCCGAGACGGUCAAGUCGAUCUUCGGUCGUGAGCCGAGCAAGGGUGUCAACCCUGACGAGGCUGUCGCUAUUGGUGCAUCUAUUCAGGGUGGUGUCCUCGCUGGUCACGUCACCGACAUCCUUCUCCUCGAUGUCACUCCGCUUUCGCUCGGCAUUGAGACCCUCGGCGGUAUCAUGACUAAGCUUAUCACCCGUAACACUACCAUCCCCACCAAAAAGACUCAAACCUUCUCGACCGCUGCGGACGGUCAGACUGCUAUCGAGGUCAAGAUCUAUCAGGGUGAGCGCGAGCUCGUCCGAGACAACAAGCUGCUCGGCAACUUCAACCUUGUCGGCAUUCCCCCGGCGCCCAAGGGUGUACCUCAGAUCGACAUUACCUUCGAUAUUGAUGCUGACGGUAUCGUCCAUGUCACCGCGAAGGACAAGGCGACCAACAAGGACCAGUCUAUGACUAUCACCUCAUCGUCUGGUUUAUCCGACAAGGACAUCGAGCGCAUGGUCGAGGAGUCUGAGAAGUACGCCGAGUCGGACAAGGAGCGCAAGGCGGUUAUCGAGGAGUCUAACAAAGCAGAUUCCGUCUGUGCGGAUACCGAGAAGGCGAUGGGCGAGUUCAAGGAUCAGCUCGACGCGACCGAGAAGGAGAAGGUCACCAAGCUCGUCGGCGAGCUCCGCGAGCUUGCCGUCAAGGGCCAGGCUGGCGACGAGUCCGUGAACGCUGACCUUAUCCGCGAGAAGAUUGCCGAAACCCAGCAGGCGUCCCUUGGCCUCUUCCAGAAGGUGUACGAGAAGCGCGCUGCGGAGAGCAACAACGCGAACAACUCCGAGACUGAGAACAAGGAGGAGAAGGAGAAGAAGGAUUAAUUCCCCAGAUCUUCGCCUCUCCCCAGCUCUCGCUCCGCUGCUCGUAUCUCUGGUGAACCUUGUGCUCUCGCGCUUGCAUACACUCCGUGGAUAUCCCCCUACACGCAUAGAUCCUCAAAAAUUACUUUUCGACGCACCUAUUGCUCUGACGACGUACUGUACGACCACCUACUACUAUACUCUUCAUGCACACAUUAUUAGUUAUUCACAACCCCACUCAGCAUUUCUCUCCUCUCUGGUGUUCCGCUUUGCUUUGCUGUUUGUCG